AUGGUGCAUUUCCAGUUGGAAUUGCCUGAGUUUGAGUCUAGUUCACUCACUGAAUUAGCACUUGGUGGGACAGGUUUCUCUGGUACACUACCAGUAUCCAUUGGAAAGGUUAGUUCUUUAAUUGUCCUAGGAAUUCCAGAUUGCCGUUUCUUUGGAUUUAUUCCUUCUUCGCUUGGAAACCUCACACAACUUGAGCAGAUAAGCCUCAAAAAUAACAAAUUUAGGGGUGACCCUUCUGCAUCCUUGGCAAAUCUUACCAAGCUAAGCCUCUUGAAUGUUGGUUUCAAUGAAUUUACUAUUGAAACCUUCUCAUGGUUGGCUGAAUGCAAUUUAGUUGAGAUUCCAACAUUUAUAAGAGAUUUGGCUGAGAUGGAAUUUCUUACGUUGUCAAACAACAAUAUAACAUCGCUACCUGAAUGGUUGUGGAAAAAAGCAAGGCUAAAAAGCUUAGAUGUUUCCCAUAGUUCAUUGACAGGAGAAAUAUCCCCAUCCAUAUGCAAUCUCAAAUCACUCGUGAUGCUUGAUUUCACGUUCAACAACUUAGGUGGCAACAUUCCUUCAUGUCUAGGGAACUUUAGCCAACCUUUAGAAAGUCUGGAUCUAAAAGGUAACAAUGAAUUCCAUGGAGACGUUAGGUGCUCUGGCAACAUGACAUGCACAUUUUCCAAACUUCACAUCAUUGACCUUUCUCACAAUCAGUUCUCUGGAAGUUUUCCAACAGAAAUGAUCCAAAGUUGGAAAGCAAUGAAUACUUUCAACGCAAGUCAAUUACAGUACGAGUCUUACUCGACGUCGAACAAUGAAGGACAAUAUUUUACGUCAACAGAAAAGUUUUAUUCGCUCACAAUGUCAAACAAAGGGGUGGCCAUGGUUUACAAUAACCUUCAAAAAAUUUACAACUUAAUAGCCAUUGAUAUUUCAAGCAACAAAAUCAGUGGAGAAAUACCACAAGGCAUAGGCGAGUUGAAGGGCCUUGUUUUGCUCAACUUCUCUAAUAACCUCCUUAUUGGCAGCAUUCAAUCUUCCUUAGGGAAGCUUUCAAACCUUGAAGCACUAGAUCUUUCUGUCAACAGUCUUUCAGGGAAAAUUCCCCAACAGUUGGCACAAAUUACCUUUUUGCAGUUCUUAAAUUUGUCCUUUAACAAUCUCACAGGUCCUAUACCACAAAAUAAUCAGUUUUCUACGUUCAAAGGUGAUUCAUUUGAGGGUAAUCAAGGUCUGUGUGGGGAUCAGUUGUUGAAGAAGUGUAUAGAUCAUGGAGGUCCUUCUACCUCUGAUGACGAUGAUGAUGACGAGGAUUCAGGAUCAUUGUUUGAAUUUGAUUGGAAAAUAGUGCUUAUUGGGUAUGGAGGUGGUCUUGUUGCUGGAAUGGCAGUGGGAAGCACUUUCUUUCUGCAAGUACUUAGUUGGCUUAAAAAAAAGGAUCUUAUGAGUUGA